UUUUGCAGGGUUGGCUGAGUUGUGAAGACUAAGUCCAGGCACCUGAUCAUCUCCUGUCGCAGACAUGUCUGGCAAAGGCUCUGUGGUCCUGGCCUACAGCGGUGGCUUGGACACGUCCUGCAUCCUCGUGUGGCUGAAGGAGCAAGGCUAUGAUGUCAUCGCCUACCUGGCCAACAUAGGCCAGAAGGAAGACUUCGAAGAAGCCAGGAAAAAAGCCCUGAAGCUUGGAGCCAAAAAGGUGUUCAUUGAGGAUGUCAGUAAGGAGUUCGUGGAGGAGUUCAUCUGGCCAGCUGUGCAGUCUAGCGCCCUGUAUGAGGACCGCUAUCUCCUGGGCACCUCUCUUGCCAGGCCCUGCAUCGCCCGUAAGCAAGUAGAGAUCGCCAAGCGGGAGGGAGCCAAGUUUGUGUCCCAUGGAGCCACGGGAAAGGGGAAUGAUCAGAUCCGCUUUGAACUCACCUGCUACUCCCUGGCCCCCCAGAUCAAGGUCAUAGCCCCCUGGAGGAUGCCUGAGUUCUACAACCGCUUCCAGGGCCGAAAUGACCUGAUGGAGUAUGCCAAGCAACAUGGGAUCCCCAUUCCUGUUACGCCCAAGAGCCCCUGGAGCAUGGACGAGAACUUGAUGCACAUCAGCUAUGAAGCCGGGAUCCUGGAGAACCCCAAGAACCAAGCACCUCCAGGCCUGUACACCAAAACCCAAGACCCUGCCAAGGCUCCCAACAACCCUGAUGUCCUGGAGAUCGAGUUCAAGAAAGGGGUCCCCGUGAAGGUCACCAACGUCAAGGACGGGACCAGCCACCGCACAUCCUUGGAGCUGUUCAUGUACCUGAAUGAAGUCGCAGGCAAGCAUGGUGUGGGCCGCAUCGACAUCGUGGAGAACCGCUUCAUUGGGAUGAAGUCCCGAGGUAUCUACGAGACCCCAGCGGGGACCAUCCUGUACCACGCUCACUUGGACAUUGAGGCCUUCACCAUGGACCGUGAAGUACGCAAGAUCAAGCAGGGCCUGGGCUUGAAAUUCGCCGAACUGGUGUAUACGGGCUUCUGGCACAGCCCGGAGUGCGAGUUCGUCCGAGACUGCAUCGCCAAGUCCCAGGAGCGAGUGGAGGGCAAAGUACAAGUGUCCGUGUUCAAGGGCCAAGUGUACAUCUUGGGCCGUGAGUCUCCACUGUCGCUCUACAAUGAGGAGCUGGUGAGCAUGAACGUACAGGGAGACUACGAGCCCAUUGAUGCCACUGGCUUCAUCAACAUCAACUCUCUCAGGCUGAAGGAAUUUCAUCGUGUCCAGAACAAGGCCAAGUAACUACACCCAGUGAUAAUGGGUUCUCACUCCCUAGCCCCCCAGCCAGAAUUGUUGUGAUCCUGUGUAAUUGUGACAUCCCCAACCUGAUGGUCCAUUGUGGGGGUGGGGUGGGAUGGUGGGUGCCAGACCCCAGCUUUGUUCCCUGAUGCCCUCGAGCCUUCAGAACACUAAGGAAGGGUUGGGGUGGGGUGGGGGCGUGCAGCUCCAAUGGCAAAGCUGUAAAAUGACAAUUAAAACCCCCC